UACCAUUACACAGCAAAUUGAGGGAUAACUAGUUUUGAAGGGUAAUAGUUUGUUUAAGUUACUGUAGAAGAACGGUUUGGUAACAGAAAAAUUCAAUAUCUCAUCAUUAUUGUUUAUUAUUAUGACAAUUUUGAAUUUGGCUACAGAUCUUAGCAAAAAUCGCAGAAGUUGACGAGCAUGAUUUGCUUUCAAGGGCCACAUAAAAGGAUGUGGCGGGCCGCAUCUGGCCCCAGGGCCUUGAGUCUGACACCAAUGCUUUUACACCAUAGAUGUUGCUCAGCAGCAGCUCAGCUGAGUACCAAAACCACAACAAAACGUUCGUGCACGAAUUUAUAAGUUACAUUACAUAAAUUCAUGAGAUGGCAUGAAUUAUAUGUUAUACGUAUACGUCAACUUUCACUCAUUCAUUUUCCGUACCGCGUUAUCCUCACUAGGGUUUUAUCCUCACAGCUUUUUUAUUAACGUUAAUUAAUUUUCUUUAAGGGAUGGAAAUUGAUCUGUAUGUCGCUAAACGGGAUCAAUGAAAUACUUUUUUGUUUGGAUUUUCUAUCUUUUCGGAUAGAAAUGUACUAUAACCACGCAUACAACCUGGCUGUUGUAUUCCAAAUGUCUUCCAAGCAACAGCGUACUCGACAAGGGUUCAUGUACUUCAUACUCGCGUUCCGCAUUCCGUCAUAUUCGACGUAUGACGUCACCCCUGAAGGUUUACUAAAUGUUAUCAAGUAAUGCUAUGCUCGACAUUGAAAUAUCCGAGCACAGAAAUACGACAAAACGCGCUUGUAACUGCCGUCGUUCAUUUCCCCCCGACUAUCGUGUCUCCGACGUACUUGAAGGCAACAUUUAGGAGUCCGUGGUCUCCAUAGCGACGAGACUCUGUCGUACAAUUUCCGUUUGCCUCUUGCAAAGUCGUCUUGAAUUGUGAAUUAAGCGUGGCUUGAAAGUUUGAUUUCGACAGCAACUGCGAAUACAUAACCAGAAAUAUCAACUCAUCAUUUCCGUGCAACGACAGUGUUUAUGUUGAAUCUGUGUACUGUAUUGUACUCGCAGGCCCCUAUCGAGAUGCCUUUGCUCGUGACGGACCACACGUGGACACAGACACUGUCAACGGUCUUCAUCAGCGUGCCUCUCAAAGGAGCCAAGAAGGUGGACAUUGUGUCGUCAGACGAGUACCUGAAGGUUCAUUUCCCACCAUUUCUGUUGGAAGUGUUCCCGUCUGAACUUGUUGAUGAUGACCAAAGCUCAGCAAAGAUUGGAAACGGCGUCGCAGUCAUCAGUUUGUCAAAGAGGACCAACAAACUGUGGGAGCAUUUGGCAAUAAGCACAUAUGAUAAAGAAACGAAAAGGGAGAUCCGAGAGAGAGCUCUGUCCAAAAUGCAGGAAAAGCUUGCUGCUGAGGCCAAAAACAGAUCGGAAAAAAAGCAUAAUGACAAGAAAUAUACUCUGAAGACAAUGAUGAACAUUGAAAGUGAAGAACAAGAAAGAAUCCAGAAGAUAAAGGAUGCUGAACGAGAGAGAACCACGGUUGAAAUCGAAGCAUGGCAGCUGAAGGAGACCAAAAAAGCUGAGGAAGAAGCGCGACUCAAACUCCAAAGUCAGACCAAUAAUUCAAAAGAAGUUAAAGCUGUGAAACAGAAUUGUGAGAAUGGCGGGUCAGGUGGAAUAAAUGUCAAAUUUGAUACAAGAAAUGUCAGCAAAGUAGAGAGAAAGACAAAGCAGAAGGAUCUUCCGGCACCGAGAGUUCCGGGAAACAUCGAGGUCUCCUUCACUCCUCGAGUUUUCCCCACAGCCCUCAGAGAGUCGCGAGUUGAGGAGGAAGAAGAGUGGCUGAAAAAACAAGCCGAGGCCAGGCGUGUAAUCAAUGCAGAUAUUGAAGAGCUGAAGUACUUAAGGGAGGAGGAGAAGAAUCCCGACUGGUUGAAAGAGAAAGGAAACGACUGUUUUGUAGCUGGAAACUACUUGAGCGCUUUGAACGCCUACAACCUGGCUAUCAGACUCAAUAGAAAGAUCCCAGCUCUGUUUUCAAACAGGGCUGCAUGUCAUCUCAAGUUACGGAACUUUCACAAAGCCAUUGAGGACUCCUCUCAGGCUCUUGAACUGCUGACUCCAGCCGUUUCUGCCAAUGCAGCUGCUCGAGCCAGAGCUCAUGUGCGUCGAGGCUCUGCUUUCUGCCAGCUCCAGCUCUACGCGGAAGGACUACAAGAAUACCAGACUGCUUUGAAGAUUGACCCGAACAAUGAAGGAGUGCAGACAGACGCACAAAAAAUUAGGGAUAUCAUUCAAGGCAGUGCAGAAUAAUAGCCUGUCCCAAAGUGAAAGCCAUAAUGUCAAAUGCUGUCUUAGUCAUUGUUUAUCCAGGCAUUUGAAUACAAUGGAACUUCCAAAGACAAACACAGUCUGUUCCAAUCCCGUGAUAGCGCCAAGGACCAAUCAAAGAAAACCUGUAUUCCAUAUUUAAAUUAUGGAAUAACAGCAGUCCAAUCAGAGCAAAACUUAUUGACAUAUUAAAUACGAAUGAGAAAUCCAGCUGUCUCUAUUGACCAAUAGCUUGACAAAGGACAUUCUGGGCAUUUCCAACCCAAAUUAUCUUGCAAACGCGAUGAAAGGACAUCAUAAGUGAUGAAAAAACUAUAGCAUGGGACCUUUAACUGACAUUUUAACAAUCUCAACUGUCAUACAAGUACAAAGAGAAGUUAACUCCUGUGGAAUAAAACUUUGAGUAAAUACUCACCUUGACAAUGCCUGACAGACGUACUAGAGGGUUAACAAGGUGAUCGCAGAGCACUACUGUCUCUACUGGCAUUUUACAGCUACUGCUGAAGUUAAUACGUAAGAAUGUCUGUGGGAAGGCUGACAAACUUGAGCUUUGAAGUUCCUUUGUCGGUAUGCACUGUUAAAAGUAUUAAGUAGUACUGUACUUCUGUACUCAACAUACUUCUUACCAACAAACAUCCAAUUUUAACUGCACAAUGUCACGCUUUCAUUUGCAGUGCUUGUCUAAACCUUACCACACAUAAAAAUAAUCAAUUUCAUGAAGUCAAACAAUGGGUAUGUUAGUGUUUAUCGUGUGCUGUACUUGCAUUGGCUUAAGUUCUCAAGCCUCUGAUCAUUGAUGGUUAAACAAUGUUGCAUUUGUAACAUUUGGUUGACUGCACGGCAAGCCCUUUGGGAAUUUUUUUGUAAUAUUUUGUUGUAAUUGAUGCAAAUGUUUUUUUUGUUUUUUUUUGAAACAGCAUAAACAAGAAAAGUGAUACAUACUGUUUGAAAGUCAUCUGAUCUGAACACAUCCGAACACCGCCAGGUGUGCACACUUCUGCAACCACAUUAUCUUAGCUGAUUCUUUUCACUUUCGCUCUCAAAAAGAUUUCUUUGUUUUUAUUCAAUUAAGUUGUACAGGUUAUAGGUCACAUUAACGAUGGGAAAAAGUUUUGAAAUAAUUUAUCUUGGUCUAAUUUUUUUUUACAUAAGAAAACUGGCAUUUGAACUAGGGUGUGUGGACUUUUUAUAUGCACAGUACUUUUGACAGGUAUACACUGGUCUGUAUACUAAAAAUAAAAGGUUCUGACUCAAGAA